CACUACACGUUUUCGUGGUGCACCGUAGUCCGCGAGGCGCGCGCACGUUUUAGUACCAUGGACAGAGCGCCACGCCGCAGUGUGAACGCGCGGAUUCAACCGGUGGCUUUCCAGUGUUCGGCGAAGAGUGUCGGCCAAAAAUGUGCGAAUGUCACACACGAGAUGCGUUUAUUGCACACACGGGACACGCCACUCGCGUUUUGGUUCACUUUUGUUUUUAGAGUGGGGGUUGCAUUUGUGAUCCGCUAUCGCGUGGGUAGGCGUGCCGCCGGAUGAGUGCUCGGCUGGGCUGCGUGGAAAAGCAGAGUGUGAGGUGAGCGGUCCGCUGUGGUGGUGAUGCCUGAGAGAGCCUCCAUGAUUUAAGGAUGCUGUUGGGAAAUGCCUGGAGACAAAGAUGACGAGAUUUGUCGAAAGGCACUUGAACUCCUCUCAGAUCUUUGUUCCAAAGGGGAAGUGCAGAGCGAAAACUGCCUGGAUUUCAUUUACUAUUUCCGUGAUUUGGCCAGGCCACGCUACAUGGACUCAGAUGUGUCAGUGAGUCUACUGUCACUGGUGGUGACAGCCUGUGGCUUGGCUCUAUUUGGGGUCUCCCUUUUUGUAUCUUGGAAGCUCUGCUGGAUACCAUGGAGAGAGCGUGGUCUCUCCCCCACUACCAAGGAGCCCCACGCGGGUCACCUCAACCCAGCCAUGAGCCCUUUGCGCUCACAGCCCCUUCAGAGGCAGCCGGUUUACACGGCCGUGGACCCCCCGGCCCACACCCGCCGUGAGUCGUCCCAGUGCUCCAUCGCCAAGGAGCCAUCACCAAUGGCGUCAGUUGUAUUUGUGGAGGCUCCGGUAACUCCCGUAUCACCGCCUCCUGUCGCCCUGGGUCCUCCGGAGGCAGCCAUGAAGAUCAGUCACACAUCUCCGGACAUUCCACUAGAUGCCCAGGAAAAAAGUCGAGAAAACGGGGUUCAUACUAACCCUCGGAUUCAGAGGCAAACUACGGAACCCUCACCCACCGGGUACUCCAUGUCGGAAAUUGGACAGGGCUCAAUACGCCGACAUAUGAACCUGUCGAACCCCGAUUUCAACGUGGCCCAGUUUCAAAGGCAGGACUCACUCACUGGGAUGGGACUGGGCCUCGGGCGCCUCAAACCUGAGCUCUACAAACAACGGUCUCUAGAAGGAGACGAUGGAAGUCACAGAGGCAGGGGUUGUGGGUGUCUCCACUUCAUCCUCAAGUUUGACUGUGACCUGGAGCAGUUGAUUGUUAAGAUCCACAAAGCCGAGGACCUCCCAGCCAAGGAUUUCUCUGGAACCUCUGAUCCUUACGUCAAGAUCUACCUGCUGCCUGACCGGAUGACCAAGCAUCAGACCAAGGUGCACCGUAAAACGCUAAACCCCGUGUUUGAUGAGGUCUUUUUGUUUCCUGUGGCCUACUCAGAGCUUCCCACACGCAAGCUGCACUUCAGCGUCUAUGACUUCGACCGAUUUUCACGGCAUGACAUUAUUGGCCAAGUGGUUGUGGACAACUUCCUGGAUCUGGCAGAUUUCCCACGGGAGACAAAACUCUGCCGGGAAAUCAAAUACGUCUCCACAGAUAACGUGGACUUGGGUGAUCUCAUGUUUUCUCUGUGUUACUUGCCAACUGCCGGAAGACUGACCAUCACAAUGAUAAAGGCUCGCAAUCUGAAGGCCAUGGACAUUACCGGUGCAUCUGAUCCCUACGUGAAGGUUUCGCUCAUGUGUGACGGUCGCAGAUUGAAGAAGCGGAAAACUUCCACAAAGAGGAACACUUUGAAUCCUGUCUAUAAUGAGGCCAUUGUUUUCGAUGUUCCCCCUGAGAAUAUAGAGCAGAUCAGCCUGUUGAUUGCCGUGAUGGAUUAUGACCGAGUCGGUCAUAACGAGGUCAUCGGUGUGUGCCGGGUUGGCAACGAUGCAGAUAACCUCGGUCGGGACCACUGGAGUGAAAUGCUCACGUAUCCCCGAAAACCUGUCGCCCACUGGCAUCCUCUUGUGGAGUACCAGGGUACCACAGGUAGUAGCCAGGGAGGAUCCUGUAAUUCUCUGAAGGCCCCCAUUUCCCCAUAACCCAGAAUAACAUUUUACAUAACAUCUCGACUGGCCUUUGGCUCAGCCUCGUGCUUCUGUGGAUUACCGCACAAGAAAAGAAUGGUGCGGCCAUCCAAUUUCAGCAUGGAGAGACCCAACUGGAUAAGUUGCAUGUUGAAUGAUCACAUUGAUGGAUGUUUUCGGUUUUAUAAUGUUCUAUGAGUUCUAUGAGGCAUACGAAGACACUUAACGUCUGUCUUGCCGGGUUUACACAAGUUGCCGUUUUUGCCUUGUCUUGUUAUUUGUCCUAAUCGGAGGUGGGUCUGUAAUUGCACAAUGUUCUUUACAACCAGUCGAACUGCCAUUUUCCUAUCUCAUUUGGUGCAUGAGGUCUUGCUUGUUGGGAUAUCUCCCCUCGUUUGUCUGUUUGUUUGUUUGUCUGUUUGUCUGUUUGUCGACAACGUAGUGGAAGUUGAUUUCUCAAGAAAGUGUUUGUCGGUGAAGAAAAAAACGUAAAUAUUGUCAAUAAAUAUGAUUAAAUCAAAAAUAGCCAUUGUCAAUUCAAUAUACCAGCAUAUUUGUUUUCCAUCCAUACAUUUGUUUUUUCAUUCCUUGACUCGAUGAAAACUCGCGCGUGCUUAUAUUACCAUCAUAGCAGAUUUAAGAAUCUGACUAAGGCCCACAUUAAAAAAAAAAAAUAUAUAUAUAUAUAUAUAAAGGAAACAAUUCAAUAGUUUUAUUUAAGAUGGACUUU